UAGUAACUCCAACAUGAGAUGCAGACGUGCAGCCAUGGAAGGCUGGUGUCAUGGUGUGGAAACGACGAGCUUGCACUGUCCUCCUCGAAGUCUUGUACAUCAUCUUCAGCAAGCAUGGGCAUGGCCACAUCCACUUUCCAAAGCUGCAGCCUUGCAGGCGAUUUCUUGCACCCUCAUCACACAGGCUCGUCCUGAAACGCCUCUGCGUGCUCUGCUCGUCUGCUUGGCUUACUGCAACACACAACCUCACCACCAGCACCAUUCCUCUGCACUGCACAACCGUCACAUGAGACGAGACCUCGCACCACACCACCACGGCUCCUCCUCUCCUCCCUCCCCCUCGCUUGCUUUCCACCCUCGUCGUGCUCUCUUGUCAGCCCCCAAACAUACCACCGCACGCACCCCUUCUCCACUCUCCCGUCCCCUCACUCAGUCACACCGCGUCUCGCCAUUGCCAAUCUCAAAAGGCCUCCGAACAGUCCCUGCCGGCCUCGUACAGAGCCAGACAGGGCCCCUCUAGACUUGCCUAGCUAGGCUCCUUCACCCGUUUCACCAUUUCACAACAGUCACAAGAGGUUGGGAGUGUUCACGCACCAAGCAGCUUGCUACCUCUUCAGGACCUUGCUGCAUUCCCCAUGGGAGGCGCCAUGAGGCAGCUGCUCGGCUUGCUGGGAGCGAUCAAUGGCCGCCCCAGGGAGAGGAAGAAGAAGAUGGUGGUGCCGCGGCGCCCGGUGCAGGCGGUGGAGCUCAGGGUCAGGAUGGACUGCGAGCGGUGCGAGCGCGAGGUCAAGAAAGCACUCUCCGGCAUGAGAGGAGUGCAGCAUGUGGAGGUGAACAGGCUGCAGCAGAAGGUGACGGUCACUGGCGAGGUGGACCCGCUGGCGGUGCUGCGGCUGGCCCAGUCCACGGGGAAGAAGGCGGAGCCGUGGCCCCACCAGAACGCUGCUGCUGCUGGCGGCGGCGGCUACUGCUACGCCCCGGCGGCCGUGGCCCUCUACGGCAUCGGGGCGGCCCAGCUCCAGGCCCACGAUGGAGGUAGGUGGGCCAACCCGGCUGGCUACUACCACCACCCGCCGGCGAGGAGCGUGGAGGCGGCGGCCAUCAUCGGCGCCGACCAGAUCACCAACCUGUUCAGCGACGACAACCCCAACGCCUGCUCCCUCAUGUGACGCCUACGUGGUCGACACAGUGGCUCAGUCAGGCUUGUGGUUUAGUACUUAGCGGCAGGAGUAGCUGUAGGCUAGCGAUUGGUGCCACUGCAUCGUCACUGUAAAUCUUGCGAGGUUUCUUUCUAUGUGGCGUGGUUAAAGUCAGGGAGGAAUCAAGAAUGUAGCAGAGGUUUUAGGUCGAUGGCACGCAGAGCAGGAAGCAAACUUGGCGUUGAUAGAUUCCAUCUAGUUGUAAUCUAUGCGCUUAGAUCCCUAGCCGUUCUUUAUGUUGGGAUUCAGGCAGUGGAACAUGAGAUCAUCAGCUCCGAGGGUCAAUA